AUGCCGAUUCACAUAGGUUCAUCGAUCCCUUUAAUGGUCGAGAAGAUGCUCACCGAAAUGGUAAAACCCUCAAAACAUAUUCCUCAACAAACUCUUAACCUUUCAACACUUGACAAUGAUCCUUACAACGAAGUUAUUUACAAGGCAUGUUACGUUUUCAAAGCCAAGAACGUUGCUGAUGAUGAUAACCGGCCUGAAGCUUUGCUUAGGGAGGCUUUAUCCGAUCUUCUUGGGUAUUACUAUCCGCUUUCGGGGAGUUUGAAGCGGCAGGAAAGUGACCGGAAGCUUCAGUUGAGUUGUGGCGGUGAUGGAGGUGGUGUGCCGUUCACGGUAGCUACUGCAAAUGUCGAGCUCUCUUCUUUGAAGAAUCUAGAGAAUAUUGACUCGGAUACGGCCUUGAAUUUUUUGCCUGUACUUCACGUGGAUAUUGAUGGUUAUCGACCUUUUGCUUUGCAGGUAACCAAAUUUGAAUGUGGAGGAUUUAUCUUAGGGAUGGCAAUGUCACAUGCAAUGUGCGAUGGAUAUGGAGAAGGUCAUAUCAUGUGUGCCUUGACGGAUUUGGCUGGCGGGAAGAAGAAGCCGAUGGUGACACCGAUUUGGGAAAGAGAAAGACUCGUGGGGAAGCCGGAAGAUGAUCAACCUCCAUUUGUUCCCGGCGACGACACAGCUGCUUCGCCUUACUUACCAACGGAUGAUUGGGUAACUGAAAAAAUAACUAUUAGAGCCGAUAGCAUAAGAAGAUUGAAAGAAGCUACAUUGAAAGAGUACGACUUCUCUAAUGAGACAAUCACAACUUUCGAAGUUAUAGGAGCUUAUUUGUGGAAGUCAAGAGUUAAAGCUCUUAAUUUGGAUCGAGAUGGAGUCACUGUUUUGGGUUUAUCAGUAGGAAUCCGCAACGUUGUGGAUCCACCUUUGCCUGAUGGAUACUAUGGCAAUGCAUAUAUUGAUAUGUAUGUGCCAUUAACCGCAAGAGAAGUGGAAGAGUUUACGAUCUCAGAUAUCGUAAAGCUCAUAAAAGAAGCGAAGAGGAAUGCUCACGAUAAAGAUUAUCUCCAAGAAGAGCUUGCAAACACUGAAAAAAUCAUUAAGAUGAACUUAACGAUCAAAGGAAAAAAAGAUGGGUUGUUUUGUUUGACUGAUUGGAGGAAUAUUGGGAUUUUCGGAUCGAUGGAUUUCGGGUGGGAUGAGCCGGUGAAUAUCGUACCCGUGGUUCCAUCGGAGACAGCUAGGACGGUUAAUAUGUUCAUGCGACCAUCUAGGCUGGAAUCGGAUAUGGUCGGAGGGGUUCAAAUAGUGGUUACAUUGCCAAGAAUUGCAAUGGUUAAGUUCAAGGAAGAGAUGGAAGCUUUAGAGUAAAAACUUAAGUAUAUCUUCUUUUGAUUUCGAAAAUCA